ACCCUCUUUUGAGUAGGACUCGCAGAAGGAUAAGCGGGGCUUUCUUCGUUUCUAGGGUUCCCGCCAUGGACUCCAAUAAUCAAGAGCAGCGUUUAGACGAAGUUAACAGCAAUGAAGAACAAAGCAGCACCACCGCCAACAACUUUUCUCCAUCAGAGGCAUCAAUUAUGGACCCACCUGAAUCAACGGUCCACAUGAAAGAAGAAGAAUUAACAGACUCAGAAAACCAAGAAUUUGAUCAGUCUUCUUUACCUGUAGGCCUUGUACAAGUCCCCAUCCCACCAAUCAAUCGGUCGCUUGUUCCUAAACGCCCGUCCAAAGAUCGACACACAAAAGUUGAAGGCCGUGGCCGUAGGAUAAGAAUGCCCGCCACGUGUGCAGCCAGGAUCUUUCAGUUAACUCGCGAGUUGGGUCACAAGUCCGACGGAGAAACUAUAAGAUGGUUACUUGAACACGCAGAACCAGCUAUUAUCGAAGCAACUGGUACAGGCACAGUCCCUGCAAUCGCCGUUUCCGUUAACGGUACGUUAAAAAUUCCCACAACUUCUGCAGCCAAACCUGACGGUGAAGAGUUACCAAGAAAACGGCGUAAAAGACCAUGUAAUAGCGAGUUCAUCGACAUUAAUGAACAUAACCAAAGCUCUGUCUCUUCUGGGCUUGCACCAAUUACCCCCAUCACGACAACUAAUGCACAAGGUUUAGUUCCUUUAUGGCAUAUGGGCGCUUUUAUGUUACCAGCAGCUCAAUCUGGUAUCGUUAAUGGUGGUGUUGGUGGUUCUAACCAGCCUCAUUUGUGGGCUAUUCCUGCCACGGGGGCUCCAAUUUUCAGUCUUCAGCGUAGACCUAUUUCGAAUUUUGUUUCUCAGGAUGGCGCAUUGGGGUCUACUUCUGUACCCAGUUCGGGCUCAUCAGGUGCUGCUACAAGUGUUAGCGCUACUAAUACUUCUACUACUACUGCUAGUACAACUACUCAGAUGCUUAGAGAUUUUUCUCUGGAGAUUUAUGAUAAGAAAGAGCUUCAGUUUCUGGGUAGGUCUGCUAAUCAGCAAACAACUACUUGUUCAAAACCUUAGAUUUUGAUAUUGAUGAUAAUACAGUGUUAGUGUUAGGGUUUUAGUCUGAUUUUUGUAAUUCUAACAAAAGCAACAAAGAACGGUUUGAUUUC